AAGCACAGUCUGUGUGGGCACUGGGCACAAGUACUUGACCUGGAAUCUACACUCUUAGAGAGUUACUAUCAUGGCCUUUGUGCCAGGGAGUAGCAAGGAUGGACCUUGGUCUGAAAAUAGCCCAGACUCUUCAUGGCAUCCAGAAAGUCCCUGGUUGGCCAAUCCUCUUUCAAAAAACAGAGAAGAGACUGGCAGAUGUGAAGGCCAUCAGGAAGUUGAGGUGUCUCAAAAGUCCCGCCUGCCCUCUAUUGUGAUAGAGGCCUCAGAGGGGAAUGAGGAAGACCAGGAAGAUCACCAGUGGCCACAUGACGAGUUGCUGGUGCUCACUGAUGGUGAAGAAGAUGUGGAAGCUUUCUUCCAGGAUCAAAGUGAAGAGUCAGGUUGGGCCUGGAUCCCACAGGACCCCACAUCUCCUUUAAUAACAUUUAACCCUGGACUUGGCUGGGGUAAAGAACAAGAAGAAGAUGCUGCAUGGAUUCCUGAGGAUACAGAGAGUCAAGAAAUGCCCAAUCUUUGUCCUCUUUGGGACCCAACAGGGUCCUGCAUCUAUAGAACCCAAUUUAUGGAAUAUUCCCAUUUCCCACCUCCCACUACCUUUGGGGGAGCUGAAAAAGAAGUUGUUCAAGCGCCGCAGGGUACUAAGCAGGGAUCGGCGACGGAAGCGCCAGGUGGUCGGGGCUGUGAUAGACGAAGGGCUGAUUACAAGGCACCACCUCAAGAAGCGGGCGUCCAGUGCUCGGGCCAACAUCACCCUAUCUGGGAAGAAGCGCAGGAAACUCUUGCAGCAGAUCCGAAUAGCCCAGAAAGAAAAAGCAGCCAUGGAAGUGGAAGUUCCCUCCAAGUCAACCAGGGCUAGUCAGCCACAGCCCAAACGACAAAAGAAGACAAAAGCUCCCCAGGAUGUAGACAUGGAGGAUCUUGGAGAUGAGAGCUAAAGUUCCUAUAUAUUCUACCAGGAGAUUCUCAACAGCACCUAGAAGGAUUUGGAGGACUUUGGAAAAAAUAUUACCAUAUUUCAUUUUCCCAGACAUCUCUUCUAUGAUGGACCACUGACCUCCCCUGGAGGUAUAUACUGGGAAGGAAGAGGACACAGAAACACUGGAGAGGACCCUCUCUAGCAGUUAGCUCCUUUUGUAAUAAAGCUACAGUGCUUUAACGAC